GUUCUUACAAACAGUUUUACCCCAACCUUCCCUUUUCCACCCCUUUCUUUUUUUCUCUCUAUGACAACACUUGACGCACAACUAGAGGCCACUUUACAAAAAAGACGCCAAAUAUCCAAAAUACGUCGUCUUGUUGUGAAUUCAAAAGAUGCCAUCGAUUUUUCUUCCAAUGAUUUCUUGGGCCUUGCUCAAAACACCACUAUGCGUCAAUCGUAUCUCAACGAACUCAAUAGUCUACCUACUAUUUUAGGAUCCACAGGAUCACGUCUAUUAGACGGUAACUCGGGUUAUUGCGAAGCACUUGAGAAGCGAAUUGCUGCUUUCCACAAGAGUGAGUGCGCCUUGAUAUUCAAUUCUGGGUUUGAUGCCAACGUGGGAUUAUUUAGCACUGUACCUCAGCAUGGAGAUAUCAUUCUAUACGACGAAUUGAUUCAUGCUAGUGUUCAUGAAGGGAUGCGUAUGUCGCGUGCAGCCAAAAAGAUCCCUUUUAUGCACUCCAAUGUGCAUGAUUUAGAUCGUAUUCUCAAGUCAGUAAUUCACCAUUAUCCUGACAAGAACAUAUUUGUUGCUCUAGAAAGUGUGUAUUCAAUGGAUGGAGACAUUGCUCCUCUUAAAGAGUUCGUGGCAUUGCUUCGAAGAUAUUGGCCUAACAAGGAAAAUGGCUAUAUCAUUAUUGAUGAGGCCCAUAGUACUGGUGUAUACGGUGAUAGCGGAAGGGGUGUUGUUUCUCAAUUGGGUCUAGAAGAUGAAAUUUUCGCACGUCUUCAUACUUUUGGAAAAGCUUUGGCUAGUAAUGGAGCUGCUGUACUUGGAUCUCAAACGCUUCGACAAUAUCUGAUCAACUAUGCUCGUCCCCUUAUCUAUUCUACAUUUAUGUCUCAUAGCUCUUUAGCAUCAAUUAAAUGCGCAUAUGAUAUGCUUGAAAGUGGUCUAACAAUACCCAUCCAAAAUCAUGUCCACAAAAUUACGCAAAGGUUUAGAAGCACUAUCCAAUUGCCUUUAGGAAACCUAUUGCCAUCUUCAAGCCCUAUUCAAGGAGUCGUUUUAAAAGGAAAUGAGCCUGUAAGAGCAUUAGCUAGUUUCUUGAAUGGAAAAGGAUUCAUCGUGAAGCCUAUCUGCUCUCCUACUGUGCCAAAGGGGCAAGAAAGAGUACGCAUCUGUCUCCAUGGACACAACACAAUAGAUCAAGUAGAUUCUUUAGUCAAGCAAAUCCAUCUCUUUUUUGAAAAAGACUCCACCUUAGAACCAACAAAUGCUAAUAGCGAAGUAGCUAAGCUUUAAUCGUAUUAUGUAUUCAUAUUUUAUGUAACAAUAGUGUAUCAC